CCAAAGAUUCAGGAAAUCCUGCAACAUUAAUGCCCUCAUAUAUGAACUAUUUAUGGAUGAAGACCCAAUAUUGGAGUAAGGAUAAGAACAAAUGGUGCUGAAAGCAGCUUACAUUAGUAGCAAUGGAGGAAUUCACUGAGAAAUAGAAAUAAACUUUUUGGUUAAGAGAAGUAAGAAAAUUAUUUUUGGUUGUACCUUACUUAGGUCACCCUGAACGUCACCACUUUCUCCUAUAACAGAUCUACCAGAUACUAACCAUUAGACAGGCAACUCCAGAGGCUCUGCAAAUGAGCUUGAGAAGUCAGGGGUGAGAAGAUAAGAUUUUCACAGAAAUAAAAGACUUGGUCAGCCCAAAAUGCAACACAUAUUCUUCUUGCUUUCAGCUCCAGCUUAUUUUCAGACCCCUAGACCAUCACCACUCCUGAUGCUGAACACCUUUCAUCAGCCAUCCCCAGCGCAGGUCUCAGGAGCCAUGGGGAACCACACCAGAAUCACUGAGAUUGUCCUGCUGGGGCUCUCAGAUGCCUGUGAGCUGCAGCUGCUCAUCUUCCUGGGGCUCCUCCUCACCUAUCUCCUCAUCCUGCUCGGGAACCUCCUCAUCGUGGUCGUCACCCUCACGCACAGCUGCCUCCACACCCCCAUGUACUACUUCCUCCGCAACUUUGCUGUCCUGGAGAUCUGGUUCACCUCCGUCAUCUUCCCCAAGACGCUGACCAACAUCCUCACAGGACACAAGACCAUCUCCUUUCUAGGCUGCCUCCUACAAAGUUUCUUCUAUUUCUUCCUGGGCACCACAGAGUUCUUCCUACUGGCAGCGAUGUCCUUUGACAGGUAUGUGGCCAUAUGUAACCCCCUGCGGUACACCACCAUCAUGAGCAAAAGGGUGUGUGUCCAGCUGGUGUUCUGCUCAUGGAUCACAGGACUCAUUCUCAUUCUUCUUCCAAGUGUCAUCAUAUUUAACCAACCAUUCUGUGGCCCUAAUGUCAUUAAUCAUUUCUUCUGUGACAACUUUCCACUCAUGGAACUCAUAUGUGCAGACACAACUCUGAUAGAGCUUCUGGGUUUUGUGAUAGCCAUCAUAUGUUUACUGGGCACUCUGUGUGUGACAGCCACCUGCUAUGGCCACAUUGUCCACACUAUCCUGCACAUCCCCUCAGCCAAGGAGAGGCAGAAAGCCUUUUCAACCUGCUCCUCCCAUAUCAUUGUGGUGUCUCUCUUCUAUGGCAGCUGCAUCUUCAUGUACAUCCGGUCAGGCAAAGGUGGCCAGGGGGAGGGCUGGAAUAAGGUGGUGGCAUUGCUCAACACUGUGGUCACUCCAGUGCUCAAUCCCUUCAUCUACACCCUUAGGAACAAACAGGUAAAGCAGGUGUUUCGGGAGCAGGUGAGCAAGAUCCUCUCAAAAAGUUGUGGAACAAAGAGCUGAGCUGAUAUUCCAGACCUGCUAUGGGAAUUUGAGAGAUCUUCAGGAGACUGGAAUUCCAUCUGGGUCUCCCAUAUGAGUACACAACCCAAGGUCUUGAGCCAUCAUCCACUACUUUCCUGGGUACAUUGAGCAGCCACAUCUCAAACAAGUACACAGAUAUGGGAUGACAGUGUCACAGGUGACAGCUUAACCUGCUUUGCUACAAUGCUAGUCCCAGAAAAUCCUGUUAUGAAAUGUUUCUGUGUGAUAAAUUUCUGUGGUGCCAGUCACUAUGAAAUUCAGCAUAAACCCAAAAGCUCUCUGGACCCUCAAGGCACUUUUAUUAAUGUUCAGAUUCAAAUAUUUUUGCCCAUUUCAUCUGUUUAUCUGACUUUCCAACAGAAAAUAAGCUCUUUGAAAAUAAGUACUAGCUCUUUAAUUCACCAGAGGC